ACCCUCCGCACUUGUAAGUUGGGCAGUUACCUUAAGCGGUACCUUAAGCACUUGUAAGUUGUAUAUAGUUACCCACGCAAAAUAGGAUAAAUACGAAUAAAUUUAGGAGCGAAAAGAAACCGUAUUCGUUUUCCGUGCCGCUACUGAACAAACCCCGCUCUUACCUAAAGAUCUCCUCCUUCCCUCGCCGAUAACCGCCGUCGUACCUGAGGAUUUGUAAUAAUUUAUGGGAACGCGACCGCAGCAAUCGUGUGUAGAUGAAGAGGAUGAGGAAUUGUUGGGUUGUGGAACUACGAUUUCCGGUCAAUCAGGUUCGACGAGCAGGAGUGCCGGGUUGCCGUCUAGCCGGAGUGAGCAGACGACGGGGACAGCUGCCGGUAAUAAUAAAUUGAAUCAUCUUGAUAUACAGGAUGAUGAUGCUGCUUCACAGGGAGUGGUUGCUAGCAAGAGGAAGAAGAGAGGCCAACGGGCUGUUGGGGGUGAUAAGAAUGGAAGAGGGCUCCGGCAAUUUAGUAUGAAAGUGUGUGAGAAAGUAGAAAGUAAAGGAAGAACAACUUACAAUGAGGUGGCAGAUGAACUUGUGGCUGAAUUUUCUGAUCCAAGCAAUGGUGGUGUUAUGUCCCCUGAUCAGCAACAAUAUGAUGAGAAAAACAUCCGCCGAAGGGUCUAUGAUGCUCUGAAUGUUCUCAUGGCUAUGGAUAUUAUUUCCAAGGAUAAAAAGGAAAUACAAUGGAGGGGUCUUCCUCGUACCAGUCAGAAUGAUAUUGAAGAACUAAAGAAAGAGCGUCUUGGGCUCAGGAAUAGAAUUGAAAGGAAAGCAGCGUAUCUGCAGGAGCUUGAGGAACAAUUUGUAGGUCUUCAGAACCUUAUUCAACGAAAUGAACAAUUAUAUUGUUCAGGAAAUCCUCCCAGUGGAGGUGUAUCUUUACCUUUUAUUUUGGUACAGACCCGUCCUCAUGCAACUGUCGAAGUGGAAAUAUCAGAAGACAUGCAGCUUGUUCAUUUUGAUUUCAAUAGUUCUCCUUUUGAGCUGCAUGACGACAAUUAUGUUCUGAAGGCAAUGAAUUUUGGUGAGAGUGAGAGACCACAGAGUGACAAUGUUACACACAAUAUUGCGGAUGGAGGGGAAGGUUCUAGCAUGUCAGGCAUGUAUCAGUCACAGGUUCCUCCUUCAGUUUCAAACAUGUCAAUUAGGCCUCCCACAUCACCUCCACUCCCUGGAAUAUUAAAGGCAAGAGUUAAGCAAGAGUAUUGAUCUGCAAGCUUAUGAUAUCUUCUUAACUUAUUUAAGCAUGAGUCUGUGUAUUUUGUAAAGAAAUAUACCAAAUUAUAAGCCUUCAUAAUAGUUAGUCAUCAGUACAUCUGUGGUAGGUCAGAAACAGAUCGACCUGUUUGCUUCUUUAUUGUUUGGGGGUAGACUGGUAAAUUCAUUGCCUACCAUGUGCCAUCUCUAUCAUUUACUAUCUUCACUGAAUUUUUUCACCACACAUUUUAACUGUAACUUCCCCCUGAUGUAGUAAGAGAGAAUUCAGUUGUAAUAAAUCGGUUACUACCUUUGUAGCUUAGGAUCACUUUCAGGAUUCACUAAUUUACAGUGUAAAUUAAAUUGUAAACAUUUCCUUCUAGUUUAUGUGGAUAUAUCGGUUGGUAUUUGAACCA